UGCGGGACAUGACGGCAGGCCGCCAGGCCGAGGGUGCGGGUACGGACCAUGCCUCCGCGCGGCUGCCCUCCCGAGUGGCCAAGCUACUGUCUGCACUCUUCUACGGGACCUGCUCCUUCCUCCUCGUGCUGGUUAACAAGGCGCUGCUGACCACCUACCGUUUCCCAUCACCAAUUGUUCUUGGAAUUGGACAGAUGACAGUUACCAUAAUGAUACUAUAUGUGUCCAAGCUAAAUAAAGUAAUUCACUUCCCUGAUUUUGACAAGAAAAUUCCUAUUAAGCUGUUUCCUCUGCCUCUCCUCUAUGUUGGAAACCACAUAAGUGGAUUAUCAAGCACAAGUAAAUUAAGCUUGCCGAUGUUCACCGUGCUCAGGAAAUUUACCAUUCCACUUACUUUACUCCUGGAAACCAUCAUACUCGGGAAACAGUAUUCCUUGAACAUCAUUGUCAGUGUCUUUGCCAUCAUUCUUGGUGCUUUCAUAGCAGCUGGUUCUGACCUUGCUUUUAACUUGGAAGGCUAUAUUUUUGUAUUCCUGAAUGAUAUCUUCACAGCAGCGAAUGGUGUUUAUACCAAACAGAAAAUGGACCCAAAGGAGUUAGGGAAAUAUGGAGUGCUUUUCUACAAUGCCUGCUUCAUGAUUAUCCCAACUCUUAUCAUUAGUGUCUCUACUGGAGACCUUCGACAGGCUACUGAAUUCAACCAAUGGAAGAAUGUUCUAUUUAUCAUACAGUUUCUUCUUUCCUGUUUUUUGGGGUUUCUGUUGAUGUACUCCACACUUUUGUGCAGCUAUUACAAUUUGGCCCUGACGACGGCGGUGGUUGGAGCCAUCAAGAAUGUAUCUGUUGCCUACAUUGGAAUGUUAGUAGGCGGAGACUACAUUUUCUCUGUAUUAAACUUUGUAGGGUUAAAUAUUUGCAUGGCAGGGGGCUUGAGAUAUUCCUUUUUAACUUUAAACAGCCAGUUAAAACCUAAACAACCUGUGGACGAAGAAAACAUCCCUCAAGAUUUGAAGGGCUAGAACCUGGGGCAGAAUUGCAGACUGGCUUGCAGACUGGGGGGAAUGAGGGAAUAUUCCCAGCUGUUUUGGUUGUGGCACUCACCCCUGGUUAAGGCACAACAGGAAUGUCUGCAAAAUGCAGAGAGAAUCUACAUCAUGUGCUGCAUGAGGAGCCGUCAUCAGCCCUGAGAAAUGUAUCCGGGCAGAGCCUUACCAGCUGAAAGUGAAUCUUCUCAAAAUAAACCACUGGUGAAAGGGAUUGUUUCCAAGGCACUUGCGUGGACCACACAUCUGUGUGCUGUUCCAGGUACUGCGAGUGCUUCAAAGGAGGCCGAUGCUGUGAGGGUGCUUAUCAGCACCUUGGCCUUAAUUUCAAAGGUCCCAGCCAAAGCAGAGUGCCAGCGGCAACAUUUUUUUUGGUUUAAACAGACAUGUCUUUAUUUUAAUAAAAUCAGCCACUUAACUGCCAGUAGAGUUAUUUGCUAGCUUUGAUUUGAUCUUAUAUGUUGGUAUCUUUUCCCAAUCAUCAAAGUAAAAUAAAAAAUAAUUUAUAUGCA